GACUGUCCUUUGAUAUGAAUAUCACAAGGGAGACAUCAUAGAGGUGAUUGGGGAUAUUAACACGCCAAUGCGACCCGAGUUCAGGUCGAAACCUGUGUGAAUGGUGGGAGGGUGAUGCACUUUAAAUGCGUCUCCGUUAAACAUCUCCGUCGCGGCCAUGUCUCUGUGCGAUGACACACUCCUGUGCAACUUCCCAAAGUGCCGGACCAAGCUGAGCGGCUUCGCCUGGGUCACGACCUGCUCGCACGUUUUCUGCGACCAGCACGGCUCCGGCGAAUUCAGCCGCUCUCCCGUCAGCUGCCCGGCCUGUUCCUCCGCGCUCUCGGGCAAGUUGGACAUUGUGAGGACGGAGCUGUCGCCGUCCGAGGAGUACAAAGCAAUGGUGCUGGCGGGUUUGCGACCGGACAUAGUUCUGGACAUCAGUGCCCGCGCUCUGGCCUUCUGGAGCUAUCAGGUCCACCAGGAGCGUAUGUACCAGGAGUACAGUCUGUCACGGGCUGAGUCUCAGCUCAAGCAGAUGGAGAAGGUGCUGAACCAGCAAAACCAGAGCAGAGAACUGGAACUCUCCGCCAUGAGAGGGGAAAUUGCUUGCCUGAAGAAAGUGAUGGAGGAGUAUAAGAGGAAGUACAGCGAGGUGUCCGAGAAGCUGAUGGAGAGGAACCGGCAGUACCAGAAGCUUCAGGGGCUGUACGACUCUCUGAGACUGCGCAACAUGGUGGUGGGUGUCGCGGAGAGAGACACACAGCCAGGACAUCACGACUCUAACACCGGGAAUUUUCAAGUCAGUACAACAAUGACGAGACAUCCGUCAACCCCCGUGUGUCACCCAGGGGCGGCUCGGCAGGCGUCCCCCCAGAGAAGCCCCCAGUUCCUCUUCACGGGCCCUGAAGUGGACAGUCGAUUCUUCUCCUGCCUGGAGGCCGAUGGGGCCAAGAGCUUCUUCCAGUUCAGCUCCCCUGCCAGGGAGCGGAUCCGGCCCUUCAUCAAGAAGCACUGAGAGAAUCCGAUUUCAUAGAACCUGGAACUUAAGCUGCCAUUAUUCACUAAAAUUGUUGUGGUUUCAUUAUCAAUUUAGUCUGAGUAGUUCGCCUGAAGUGCUUUUUAUGUUAUUUAUUCUAAAUCUGAACCAUAAAUGUGAUAUUGGACAAUAACAAAUGUUGGAUUAAAAUUGUAGAUGACC